AUGAAGUCAGAUGCUAGCAGAAAGCAGUUGGAAGGCUACAGGGACCCAGGAGAACUAGGAGGACCUAGAUUUCCAGGUAAGGUUGUAUGUGUCAAUCUUGAAAGUGGAAUAGAAAUGCUUGUCCGUCCAAAGCCCCGGAUACAACAGGAACCCCUUCUGUGUUGUCUGCAGUUGCCCCAGCAGUCAGAGUGCUGUUCUCAAGGAAACCGUUAUCUCAGCAGGAUUGAUUUUUCCGCUUGGGGAGCCCGGGAAGGGGAGGAGGAGCCAGAGUUGCAGGGCGGGACACAACAAAGGCAGAUUAAGACCUACAGUGACAAUCAGCAACCAGCAUCCAGGAACAGAGUAUUUUACUCCUCCUUCAGGAUAGAUGGAGACCAGAAAUUGGAUGUUUAUGCAGAAAGGCAGGAUUUCUUCCAGCACUUAUCCCAGAUUGUCAAGAUGCUGACUGAGGAGGACACUGGGCACCCAGAGACAGGAGAUGCUAUUGCCCGACUCAAGGAGGUCCUGGAGUACUGUGCCAUCCGAGGCAAGUACCAUCGGGGUUUGACAGUGCUGGUAGCAUUCUGGGAGCUGUCAGAGCCCAGGAAGCAAGAGGCUGAUAGUCACCGGUGGGCCAUGACUGAGGGCUGGUGCAUGGAACUCCUCCAAGCCUUCUUCCUGGUGUCAGACGAAAUCAUGGAUGCAUUCUUCACCUGACAGGGGCAGAUCUGCUGGUAUCAGAAGCCAGGCCUGGGUUUGGCUGCCAUUCAUGAUGCUUUCCUCCUGGAAGCAUGUAUCUACCGCCUGCUGAAGCUCUGCUGCUGGGAGCAGCCCUAUUACCUGAACCUGAUCAAGCUCUUCCUACAGAGUCCUUAUCAGACUGAGAUCGGACAGACCCUGGACCUCAUCACAGCCCCGCAGGGCAGUGUGAAUCGUGGCAGAUUCACUGAAAAGAGAUAUAGAUCUAUUGUCAAAUACAAGACAGCUUUCUACUCCUUCUGUCUUCCUAUAGCUGCUGCCAUGUAUGUGGUGGGCACUGAUGCGGAGAAGGAGUAUGCCAAUGCCAAGAAGAUCCUGCUGGAGAUGGGAGAGUUCUUUCAGGUUUCGGAUGAUUACCUUGAUCUCUUCGGGGACCCCAGUGUGAUGGGCAGGAUCAGCACUGACAUCCAGGACAACACGUGCAGCUGGCUGGUGGUUCAGUGUUUGCAACGGGCCUCUCCGGAACAGUGCCAGAUCCUGCAGGAGAACUGUGGGGCCGAGAAGGGGGCCCGGGUGAAGGUGCCAGCCGAGGAGAUGAAUCUGCUGUCUGUGUUUACACAGCACAAGGACAGUUACAGCUACCUUAUGGGUCUCACAGAGCAGUGUGCUGUGCCCCUGUCCCCAGCCACCAUCCUGGGGCCAGCACACAAGAUCUACAAGCAGAAGAAGUCACCUAGAGACUUGAGGGUGGGGAGGGGAGGCUCUCAAAACAAUUACUGUCUAACCUGUAAAAGAAAAGAAAGACCUACAGUGAUAAAUCUUCUAUGGAUUUGUGCUUCUCUGGAGGAGAAUGUCUAA